UAAUGAGUUAUUCCAUAAUGUAAAUACUGAGUUUGUUCUAAGAGAAUGAAGAUCAUAAUAUUCAUAAUUAAGGCCGUCUAAGUGAUUCAGAACCUCGAACUCCAGCUUUUAAAGAUGAAAAAGAAUAACUUUUAAGACAAAUUAAUGAAGUUAAACAAUAAAACUAAAUCCUUCAAAAUGAAUAUUAAAAGUAAUUUAUGAUUUUAAGUGGAAAACUAGGUAAGAUUUAAAGUGAUUUUAGCUUAAACCUAAACUUUAUAGAGUAAUAUAGAGAAUUGUAAAGAAUAGUUGAAGAAUGAGUUAAAUUAAAGUAAGCUUCUUACAAAAUAAUACCUUUAAAAACAUGAAGCUUGUUUCGAUUUAAAAUAAAGAGUUUUACAGUAAAAGAAAUAAGGACAGAUCAAUUAUGAAGAUGUUGGAAAAAGAAUUACAACUUGUCCAAGUGAAACAUCUACAGUACAAAGUCCUUCAUUUGUAAUACCAUCAUCACCAAAACCUAUAAGGCUAUACUAUAAUUCUUUCAUUUAACAUUUUUGA